UCGCGGGGUCCUCUUCCUUAACUCCUUCCUUCCUUCCGGCCGGACUGGCUGUCAUGGCGGCGCCCAGGCUGAGGGCCUGCUUUUUCUCCUCCUUCUUCGUGGCCUUCCUGCUCCCGACCAGCGCCGUCUACGAGGACCAAGUGGGCAAGUUCGACUGGAGGCAGCAGUAUGUGGGGAAGCUGCGGUUUGCCUCCUUGGAGUCUUCCCAGGGUUCAAAGAAACUAAUUGUGGCCACAGAGAAGAAUGUCGUAGCCGCUCUCAACUCCAGGACCGGAGACAUCCUGUGGCGCCAUGUGGACAAGGGCACGCCAGAAGGGGCAGUUGAUGCCAUGCUGAUUCAUGGCCAAGAUGCCAUCACGGUUUCAAACGGAGGUCGCAUCCUGCGUUCCUGGGAGACAAACAUCGGAGGCCUGAACUGGGAGAUUUCUCUGGAUGCGGGCAGUUUCCAGACGGCUGCGCUGGUGGGGCUGCAGGAGGCCGUCAAAUACGUGGCUGUUCUGAAGAAGGGCGCUCUCUCCCUCCAUUACCUCUCCAACGGACAUCAGAAGUGGGUGGAAGCCUUGCCAGAAAGUGACUUUGCCCAGUACCAGGCGGUCUGCUCGCAUGGGACGGGGUCCGUGCACGUCCUCGGAGUCGCUCCCCGGAGCCAUCUCAACGUCAUCACCUUCAGCAUCGAGGACGGAGAAAUCACAAAGCAGGUCCAGGUGCCGGCCCCGUGGCUGAGCAGCCUGAGCGGGACGUGUAGUGCGGUCGGAGAGGCCGUCGUGGUGUGCGUGGAUGCUGCUGCCAACGCGCUCCACUUCUUGCCUUUGGGGGCCGAAGGAGAGGUGGAUCUGGUCCCAUUGCAGUCGCUCGGCCUGGAGUUUGCCGACGGUUUCCAGCCGUCCCUCCUGCCCUCGCAGCCCAAUCCGGCCGGCGCUUCCCGGGCCCAGUUCUUCCUGCGCUUGUCCCCGAGCCACUUGGCCUUGCUGCAGUACAAGGAGGGCGUGCUGAGCCUCCUCCGGGACUUCCCGCAGGCUGCCCUUGCGACCUUUGCCACCACCAGCGAGAAGACUGUGGCUGCGGUCCUGACCUGCAAAGGCGACGUGAAAGCUGGGCAUCCCGAGGCCUCCACUUCGGUUAGAGAGACUCCGACGCAGGAGCCCCUGACCUGCUUCAACCAGUCCUAUGCGGUCAACUUAUACUUGGCUGAAACCGGGCAGCGGCUGCUGGACACAACCAUUGGGUUCACCUUGGAGAAAAGCAGCUCCCGGCCGGAACAGCUUUACAUCCAGGUCUUUUUGAAGAAAGACGACUCGGUGGGAUACCGGGCCUUGGUGCAAACGGAGGACCACAUGCUCCUCUUCCUCCAGCAGCCGGGAAAAAUUCUCUGGAGCCGGGAGGAAUCCUUGGCCGAAGUGGUCAGCUUGGAAAUGGUGGACUUGCCGCUGACGGGGGCCCAGGCCGAGCUGGAAGGCGAAUUUGGAAAGAAAGCAGCGAUUCAAGACGGUUUGCUGGGGAUGUUCCUCAAGCGCCUGUCCUCGCAGCUCAUCCUGCUCCAGGCCUGGACCGCUCACCUCUGGAAGAUGUUCUACGACGCCCGGAAGCCCCGCAGCCAGAUCAAGAACGAGGUCAACAUCGACAACUUGGCCCGGGACGAAUUCAACCUGCAGAAGAUGAUCGUGGUCGUCACGGCGUCCGGGAAGCUCUUUGGCAUCGAGAGCAGCUCGGGGACCAUCCUCUGGAAGCAGUUCCUGCCGGACGUGAAGCCGGGCUCCUCUUUCGAGCUGAUGGUGCAGAGGACCACCGCCCACUUCCCGCACCCCCCGCAGUGCACCCUCCUGGUCAAGGACAAGGAGAGCGGCCUGAGCUCCCUCUUUGUCUUCAACCCCAUCUUUGGCAAGUGGAGCCAGGUGGCCCCGCCGGCCCUCCCGCGCCCCGUCCUCCAGUCCCUCCUGCUCCCCAUCAUGGACCAGGACUACGCCAAGGUCCUGCUCCUCAUCGACGACGAGUACAAGGUGACCGUCUUCCCGGCCACCAGGAACGUCCUCCGGCAGCUGGAGGAGAUGGCUCCCUCCGUCUCCUUUUACUUGGCCGACGCGGAAAAGGGAAAGCUGAUGGGCCGCCGGCUGAGAAAGGACUUGACGACGGAGGAGACCUGGGAGAUCAGCAUCCCCCCCGACUUGCAACGCAUCGUGACGGUGAAAGGGAAGAAGUCCAACGAGCAUGUCCAUUCGCAGGGACGCGUCAUGGGGGACCGCAGUGUCCUCUACAAGUCCUUGAACCCGAACCUGCUGGCGGUGGUGACGGAGAGCGCGGACUCGCACCAGGAGCGCACCUUCAUCGGGAUCUACCUGAUUGACGGGGUCACGGGGCGCAUCAUCCACUCCUCCGUCCAGAAGAAGGCCAAGGGCCCCGUGCACAUCGUCCACUCGGAGAACUGGGUUGUGUACCAGUACUGGAACGCCAAGGCCCGCCGCAACGAGUUCACGGUGCUGGAGCUGUACGAAGGGACGGAGCAGCACAACGCCACCGCCUUCAGCUCCCUGGACCGGCCGCUCCUGCCUCAGGUCCUGCAGCAGUCCUACAUCUUCCCCUCCGCCAUCUGCGCCAUGGAGGUCACCAUCACCGAGCGGGGCAUCACCAGCCGCCACUUGCUCAUUGGGCUCCCAUCCGGUGCCAUCCUGUCCCUCCCAAAGGCCUUGCUGGACCCACGGAGGCCGGAAAUCCCGACAGAACAGACGAGGGAAGAGAACCUGAUCCCAUAUUCGCCCGACGUCCAGAUUCACGCCGAGCGCUUCAUCAACUACAACCAGACCAUUUCCCGGAUGAGGGGCAUCUACACCGCUCCUUCGGGCCUUGAGUCCACCUGCCUGGUGGUGGCGUAUGGGCUGGACCUCUACCAGACCCGGGUCUACCCCUCCAAGCAGUUUGACGUCCUGAAGGACGACUACGACUACGUCCUGAUCAGCAGCGUCCUCUUCGGCCUGGUCUUUGCCACCAUGAUCACCAAGCGGCUGGCCCAGGUCAAGCUGCUCAACCGGGCCUGGCGCUAACUCACCAGUGGGGCAAAGAGCAUGAAGAGGCACAUGAAAAGGCUCCGAUUACUUGACAGUCUCAGAAACAAAGGCGAAUUCAGCAUCGACAGCUUCUGUCCUUGUCUGUUCAGGAUCAGGUGCCUUUAGGGCAGGCUUGGGCCAACUUGGGCCCUCCGUGUGUUUUGGACUCCAACUCCCACAAUUCCUAACAGCCGGUAGGCUGUUAGGAAUUGUGGGAGUUGAAGUCCAAAACGCACGGAGGGCCCAAGUUGGUCCCAAUGACUCAUAAGAGACAAUGAUGAAUGUUGAGAUAAAUACGAAGAAAUACAAAUACGAAGAAAUACGGCACGUGGGCCUCACGGUUUGGACUGCAUUUCCCAAGGGAAGCAACACUGACCUUUUAAUAUUUAUUUCUUUCAGCUGCACUGAAAUGUUUCGAAUCUAGAAUUCCUCGUCGUUGUUUUCUUAAAAUAGUACAUUGAACUGUCUUGUUAACUUUUUAAUUGGGAAAAGUGGGAAAUCCUGAAAGUCUACGUUUAAACAACGAUCCUCCAUGAAAUUGG